UCAGGAUCGAAAGGUCCCGCCGCGAGCUGUCUGCGCCCCCAGCUGCCGCAACGCGUCGCGGCGGCCGCGCCGCGCGGCGGCCGCCAUGCCCGGGGUGUGCCCGAUGCUGCGGCCGCCGUCGGCACGCGGGGCGUCGUGCGCGCGAACUCUGCUGGCUGCGCUGGAGGACGUGAAGUUGCGGCCUCAGGUGAUUCACGUGGGGGGAGUCAGCGAGGCAGAGCUGUCGAUGGACUUUGACGUGCUGGCCGAGGGCCUGCCCGAUGGCGCGCGCAUCUACCUCAUCGGCCCUGACAUGGCGGGGGCGUCCAUGGGUCCAGGACGGCCGCGCCACUCCCAGAGCCAGUAGGACAGGACCUUCGUACGGGUUCUAUUGCCCUCUUCGCUGGCUCAGAAUCGCUCCCAGACCUUUCCAUGUUUGCGUUUUGGCCAGGGUUUCGACGCGGAUCCAGCCGUGGCGACGA